AUGUCGGGAAUCGGAAAGAUCGGUUUCCUAGGCGGCGGCAACAUGGCCAAAGCUCUGGCCAAAGGCUUCCUAGCAGCAGGCCUGGCAAAGCCCAGCACACUGAUUGCCAGUGUCCAUCCGGCGGAUAAGCUAUCCCUCCAAUCAUUCAAGUCCCUGGGAGUGGAAACAGUCAUCCAAAAUGCUCCAGUGGUGGAGAAAUCCGAUGUGGUCUUCAUUUCCGUAAAGCCACAAGUGGUGCCCACAGUGCUCUCCGAGAUUCAGCCACUGAGCUCCGGGAAACUCUUCCUCUCCGUGGCCAUGGGCAUCACCCUGCCCACCAUCGAGUCCAGCCUCUCGCCCCAAGCUCGAGUGAUUCGCGUGAUGCCCAAUCUUCCAGCCGUGGUAUGCUCCGGCUGUUCGGUUUUCGUCAGGGGCUCCAAGGCCACCGACACGGAUGCGGAGAUCACCCAGAAGCUGCUCCAAUCGGUCGGAACCUGCGAGGCAGUGGACGAGUCCCAGUUGGAUGUGGUUACUGCGCUCAGUGGAAGUGGCCCUGCCUAUGUUUUCGUGAUGAUUGAAGCCUUGGCGGACGGGGCAGUGCACAUGGGCAUGCCCAGGGACCUGGCAUACCGCCUGGCCUCCCAGACGGUGUUGGGUGCCGGUCACAUGGUCAGAGAUAGCGGACUGCAUCCAGGACAGCUGAAAGACGGGGUCACAAGUCCGGCGGGUUCGACGGCAGCGGCGCUCCGGCAGCUGGAGCUGUCAGGUUUUCGGGCAGCGGUGGCGGGUGCGGUGGAGCAGGCGACGUUGCGCUGCCGGCAGAUCUCGGGAAAGAAGUCAUAGACAUAGGAUUCCUUAAGAAUAGGGGGUGGGUCGAUUAUUUUUGGGUUUAAAAAUUAUUAAAUAAAGAAAAUCAGGCACUAUUUUGUGUUUCUUUAUGGAUAUAGUGGAUAAUUUCUAUGAAACUUUCAGUAAAAAUGUAUUUCAGCUAUUGGUGGGCUAUCAUAUUCUGUUAAUCGACCCACCCUGUUUAUAAAUAAUCUAGGUUAGUAUAAUUAGCAUCACUAUAUACGCAAAAAUCCGAAGGUCGAUGAUGUGAUUUUAAAAUAAAAGCAGCACACCGCCGCUCUUUACUCUCGGAA